AUGAAUUCCUCAACGAAACUCUUUGCCUGUGCCUUAAUUGCUGCCCAGCUGCUGGUCGCAGUUCACGGCGGAGUCUUCGACUUUACAGACAGGUGGGUCGAUUCCGACAAGGCGAAGCCUUUUCCCGAGAACGCUGUGCUGGGCGGCUACGACUCAGAGGGCUACGAGAACUACGUGGGACGCAUCAUUGCCGCAAGUUCGGUUCUGCCAGCGCGUGUUCGGGCCGAGACUGGCUAUGCCACCUACAACAGCGAUUCAGUCUCGAAUCAGGCGAACUCCUACGAUCUUCUGGUGAGCAAUGAGACCCUCAGCUAUGAGUGGGUGCGCAGCUUCGACGGCUUCAGGGAGAAGAAUCCCGUCUCUGUGGGCACAAGCGUCACAAAUGAGCGCGUCUACAUCUGCCGCGCUCGCACGGAUGGCGGACUCUUCAUUGGCACUCUGUACCUUUCGCAGAGGGCCUGCUUCAUUCGGUACGAGAACUGGCCCAUGAGAAGGCUAACCAAAUACGAAGUGCUAGUGCGAAAGUUGAUUCCAGCUCCAUCUUCAACCUUCGAGGUUCAAGUCAACUGA